AUGGUGCUCCUCACCUCCUCCCAAGUCUCCGUUAUCAUUUCCUCAGCCAUCGUCGUCUCAUGUACUGCGGCUCUCUUUCUUAGCGGCUACGUAAUCCAACAGCGCACGCUGAGCCAGCUGCGCGAAGCCAUCAAGCCCGAAUCGCGACCCUCCCCAAAGGCGUCGUACUACGUUCCCGAGCACCUAAAGGACACAGCCGGCAAAGAACAGAGUGUGCCGCUUUAUGGUGCGAACGGGAAGCAGGAGCAGAUCAUCAUCGAGGUGAACCCUACUGUGCCCGAGAAGCAACAACAAAAGCAGCAGCAGCAACAGACGAAGAAGCAAAAGGCUGGACAAAAGGCCGCUGGAUGGACGUCCGAUAUGUGGCAAAAGAUGACGGGCCCGUCAGAAAAGGAGGAUAAGGGCGGGGUCAGCAGGGAAGAUCUGGAGAAGAUGGACGAGAGGGAGAGGAAUAUCAACGGGUGGAACGUCAAGGACCAGGCGAAUCCGGAUCCUGAAGCGUCGAACCAGAAGCCCAUCAGCCGGGCCGAGAGGCGGCGGCUGAUCAAGGAGGAGCUGAGGCGUUUGUCGGAAAGCGAAGAGAGAGUGUACUACCAGCGACGACUGUGGUAG